UUAAAAAAGUCUGAUUUCGUAAACAUAAAUUCGCCAAACUUAUUAAUCUAAUUUUCAAGGAAAAAUAAAUUAAAAUGAUAUAAAUUUACAUUGACAUGAACUGAAAAUUCAUUUGCAAUAUGUCUAGUAGUUGGAACGGGUUUGGCCUUUGUCGUUGUUGUCAUUCGAAAGGUAAUUUCAAAACCCUCACUGCACCGCACACAUAUGAAGGGAAAACUGAAAUGUAUUCAGAGAUAUUGCUCAAUACUUUUGAAUUAAACGUGACUAAAAAUUCCGACAGCCUAGAUGCAUAUUGCAUUUGUAGAAGAUGCGAAACUAGACUCUUAGAUGCUGCACAGUUCAAAAGACAAGUGCAGGAGUGUGAGCUUAAUUUUUACCGCAUUCUGGAUUAUAAAGAUCUCCAAAAUUUUGAUGAAUUGAUAAAAAAAGAAAACGAAAGUACAGAAUGUGAAGAGUUCAAAUCGGAAUGUUUAGCAAAUGAAAAAACCCACAAUGACCACUCAGACUCCAAAUUUGAAGACGAUGAAAAACAAUUUGAUGCGGCCCAAGAUCACUCUUCUGAUUUUGAAGACACUCCCCUAUCGGUGUUGCAGAGCAUUAAAACGAACAGACAGACCGACCCCGCUGAUUCGGAAGACAAAGAACCUGCUAAAAUAGAAGAUCUAAAACGAAACUGCGGAAAGGUGAAACCGAAAAAGUAUUCGUGCGAGAUAUGCGAGAAGAGGUUCACGUACAAGGGGUCCCUGGAGGUGCACACGAGGCUGCACCGCGGCGAGGGCACGCUGGCCUGCCACCUGUGCGGCACCAAGCUGCCCGGCCACAAGCAGCUCACGCGCCACAUCGCCGACACGCACGCCGUGGACGGCGGCUUCCCCUGCAACGCCUGCCCCGAGGUGUUCGACAAGCCGCGCCUGCUCAAGCAGCACCUGCACGCGCACUACGAGCGGGACUUCUCCUGCGACGUCUGCUCCAAGGUGUUCCGCCGCAAGAAGGGCCUCAAGGAGCACCUGAAGACGCACACCGGCGAGAAGAAGUUCACGUGCGACAUCUGCAGCAAGUCGUUCGGCCACAACCAGACGCUCAAGUCGCACGUGUACACGCACACGGGCGAGCGGCCGCACGUGUGCGACGUGUGCGGGCGCGGCUUCCCGCAGCGCACGCACCUGCGCCGCCACAUCCGCGUGCUGCACCACCAGCUGCGCCCGCACGCCUGCGCCGUCUGCCACAAGCACUUCUCCAGCAAGAGCUACCUGCGCGUCCACGAGCGCCAGCACAGCGGCGCGCGCCCCUACUCCUGCGACCUCUGCCAGCGCAGCUUCGCCGCCUACACGACCCUCAAGGUGCACAUGCGCGUGCACACCGGCCUCAAGCCCUACUCCUGCGACUUCUGCGGCCGCCAGUUCGCGCAGAUGACCAGCUUCAAGCUGCACCAGCGCACGCACACCGGCGAGAAGCCGUACACGUGUAAUGUUUGCAAGAAACCGUUCGCCGAUAACGGUUACUUGAAAAUCCACUUGAGGAUCCACACGGAGGAGAAGCCGUACUCCUGCGAGAUCUGCAAGCGCUGUUUCCGCGAGACGGGCCAGCUCAAGCGGCACCUGCGCAUCCACUCCGGGGUCAAGGCGUACACGUGCCGGAUAUGCAACAAGCAGAUCGGGAACCUGUCCAAGCACAUGCGCGUCCACUCCGACGUUAAGCCGUUUUCGUGCACGAUAUGCAAUAAAGAGUUUUCCGUGAACGGCAACUUGAAGUUGCACAUGCGGACGCACACAGGGCUCAGGCCAUAUAGCUGCGAGCUAUGUCACAGUCACUUCACACAAAGCAGCGGACUCAAAAGACACCGCUGUGCGCACAAAAGUGACGUUUGACAGGUCUAGACGUCAUUUUGAAAAGUGAGCGUGCCGCGAGCUGGCACGGGGAUACUGUCGCGGAGUCACCUCGCGCUCCGGGCUAUGUAGCCGCGACUCUAAUGUGCAAUUGAUGCUUCUCUCGAAAAUCUCGUGACGAAAUUCGUUUAAAGCUUAAGAAACAAUCUGAAUAAUAUUUGCUUAAGGCAUUGAAAAAUAUUUUUUUAUGUAAUUGUACGAAUACACUAAUUAAGGUUUAAUUUAUUAAAAAGUAAUCGUUAUGUUUAAC